AUGAACCAGAAAGUAUUUGUUCUGAGGCUAGCCUCACUCGGCAUUUACCACCACCCGAUGUUGUGCAUGCUCAGAAGGAGAAGAACUAUCGGGACGUUGAUGAGCAGCUGCACCAAGCACAGCUGCUUUUGGAGGAUCAGACAACCAGGGAGAAGGAGUUUCUCCGAACUCAAGCAUUGCAGGCCAAAGAGGUCGCUUCUGGUCGCUGGGAUCAGCACCUGAGAGCUCAGGAAAUAGCAGCAGAACAAGAAUUUCAGAAGGCUCUAGCUCAGCUACAUGAGUCAGCUCGGCAAAUGCGGAUAAAGUUGGAGGAGCAGGCCAAUCAUUUGGUAGUGGAGUACCAAGCUCGCAGAACCCAGGAGGAGAUCAACAGACAUAAACACGAAGUGGAAAUGCAUCACUGGGAGG